CGCCCACGAGCUCGGAAGCGGGAGGAGGUGGGAUCGCGCCCUCUCGGCUUGAGGAACCCGGAGGCUGGGAGACUUGGUGGAGAGGCGGGGAGAAUGGCCCGGAGAGAAAAGGGGCUGGCUUAGGGGCGGGGCCGAGGCUGCAGCGGCCGAGGCUUCCCAGGGAGGCUCCGGUGGCCACGUCCCGCGGCCCCCCCACCCCGGGCCGCUGUCCAGGGAUCGCGGUGCUCAGGGCCUCCAGACAUGGCCGAGGUGAAGAACCGGAAGAAGCCGGGGCCCAGGGCAGCCCCCGCGGAGCCCGGGAAGCGGAGCGAGGGCUGGAAGAGCCCCGAGGCCGGGGGCGGCGCGCGCGGGGGCUGGGCGGACCCCCGCACCGGCCUGAGCCUGCUGUCGCUGGGGACGUGCCUGGGCCUGGCCUGGUUUGUAUUUCAACAGUCGGAAAAGUUUGCAAAGGUGGAAAACCAGUACCAGUUACUGAAAAUAGAAAACAGUGAGUUCAGAGGACUUCAGAGUAAAAUCAAUUUAAUUUCAGAAAAGCUUGAGUCUACUGAAGGUACCCUGCAGGAAGCCACAUCCUCCAUGUCUUUGAUGACCCAGUUGAAGCAGGAAGUAUCCAGCCUCCAAAGUCUCAUGCAUGACAUUGAAAACAGUGAAGAGAUGCUUACUCAAAAGGUGCAAACCCUUAAUGAGAAAUUACAAAAUAUUACAGAUUUCUGGAAGAGAAGCCUCGCAGAAAUGAAUGGUAAUACAGACAUUUUCAAAGCAGAAGCAAAGCAUAUACAUUCUCAAGUUACUGCCCAGAUUAACUCAGCAGAGCAGGGAAUGAAAUUGCUCACAGAACGGCUGAAAGAUUUGGAAGACAGCACACUGCGAAAUAUUAGGACAGUGAAAAGACAAGAAGAGGAAGAUCUUGAGCGCGUGGAGGAGCAGCUGGGCUCUGAUACAAAAGCAGUGGAGCAGCUAGAAGAGGAACAGAAGGCGCUCCUUGCCAGAGAUGAAGAUCUGACCAAUCAACUUGCCAGCUACGAACCCAAAGUGGAAGAAUGUCAGAUGCAUUUGCCAACCAUCGAAAAUGCUGUCCACUCUGUCCUGCGAGUCUCUCAGGACCUGAUGGGGGCAGAAAAGAAAGUGGAAGAGCUGACCAUGCAGAUGUUUACCAUGGAAGAUGAUAUGCUAAAGGCGGUAUCCGAAAUAAUGGAACUGCAGAAAACCCUGGACGGAAUUCAGUAUGAUAACAGCAUACUAAAGAUGCAAAAUGAACUGGAUGUUCUAAAGGGGAAGGUGCAUGAUUUUGUAGCGUUUUCAAAUACAAAAGAAAAGGGAACUUUGGAAGAAUAUAACCUCGAAAAUGGAUUUAGUGAUGAUUUUUAAGUUCACUGCGUGUAUUCUGAUGAACCAUAUUACUAUAUGUAACUAUGCCCGCUGUUUUUUACUUAUAUUGAUAUUUCUAUAUUGGAAAAAAUAAGUGAGAUAUCCACACAAAUGGUUUAUCUGCAUAUUCAAGGCUUAUCUUCUUAAGCUCAGAAAGUUAUUUCAAACAAAUACUAUAAUUCUGAAACAUGUAUUUCUCUCCUUUUAAGGCAAUAUAUAUAGUUAAUUUUUAAAAUAUUUUGCAAUAAUGACAUCAUUAUGAGUUUGGCCCAUUAAAUAUUGCUGUUUCUAGGAACCAUUUUUUUUCUUCUAGGAACUAUCAAAGAGAGUUUACCAUUUCGCUAAAUGACCCUAGUUUGCUAUUCAAGUCUGUGUCUGUUUUACCUGUCUGUCACCCCAUCUUGCUGUCAGGCCGGUUGGUAGGUAAGGUGCCUGUCACAGCCAGCUCCGCACUUCCCUUUGCAGGCUAAGAAUCCUAACAACCAAGUUCAUAGGAGCUUUGUCCGCGCUAAAUAUGAUGUGCCUCGGGGAGAGCACAGGGGCUUUUCUGUGAAUUAAUAUGCAUUGCUUAAAAACUAUGAACCCUGGGAAAGAGUUUACUUUUUGUUAAGGUUCCAAACUGUGUUACAGACACUCAGAAGAAUUUUUAAAUCUGAAAAUAUGAAUAUGUUUUUAUUUAAGCCCUUUCCUAGUAGUUGUAUAUGCUUUCAAGUAUGAAUUUGUGGAGUAUCUUUGUUUACCCAGGCUUUUAUUUUUAAAGUUCGAACUAGGAUAGACUCUUGAGUUUGUUAAACACAUAAUCUCUUGAUAAAUUAAUCAAGUUAAAUUAAAAAUACAUGAAUAAGCCUUUUUUAUUUUUUUGUCUUUCUGAGACAGGGUCUCACGAUGCAGUUCA